AGUUUUUUUUCUGUUUGCUGCCACGGUCACACGAGCUCUUUGUAAAAAAAAAAAACUCGACUUUGUUUACUAUUUUGUUUACCGGCAAUUAAACGCUCAAUAAUGGCCGAUGUGUGGGACAUAAAAUCACUGAAGACGAAGCGGAACACGCUUCGCGAGAAGCUGGAGAAACGGAAGAAGGAGCGCAUCGAGAUACUCUCGGACAUUCAGGAGGACCUCACGAAUCCCAAGAAGGAACUCGUUGAGGCAGACCUGGAAGUGCAGAAGGAGGUGCUGCAGUCGCUCAGUGCCUGCUCCCUGGCCCUGCCCAUUGUGUCCACCCAGGUUGUAGAGAAGAUUCCUGGCAGCACCUUGGAGAUGGUCAACUUUAUACUGGGAAAACUAGCCAGCCGGGGUGCAAUCGGCAUACGGAACGUGACCAUCGGGACGGAGACCGGUUGCGAGAUCAUCUCGGUUCAGCCGAAAGAGCUGAAGGAGAUUCUGGACGACACCAACGACACCUGUCAGCAAAGAGAAGAGGAGGCGAAAAGAAAAAUGGCCGAUCUGGCGGAGAACGAGGAUGAGGAUCAGCCGCAGGAAAAGACUCCAAAACUGGACACCAGUGCGACGCGCAAGGAAUCCACCAGCCUUGACGCCCCCGACGACAUCAUGAUGCUUUUAUCCAUGCCCUCAACACGCGAGAAGCAAAGCAAGCAGGUGGGCGAGGAGAUCCUGGAGCUGCUUACGAAGCCCACAGCCAAGGAGCGAUCCGUGGCGGAGAAGUUUAAAUCGCAUGGCGGAGCGCAGGUCAUGGAGUUCUGCUCCCACGGCACCAAGGUUGAGUGCCUUAAGGCUCAGCAGGCCACCGCCGAAAUGGCCGCUAAAAAGAAACAGGAGCGCAGGGACGACAAGGAUCUACGCACGGAUGUAGAGGCGGGGACCAGCAGUAGCGGAAAGUUGCCAAAAUCUGCAGACUCCGUAGCUGAGGAUGGUGAGAUAAUCCCCGAGGUGAUCGAGGUCGAAUCGCAGGAAUCUACCGAUGGCAGCGAUACCUCCGGUAGCGAGACAACAGACAAGUGCACCAAGCUCCACUUCAAAAAAAUCAUUCAGGCGCACACGGACGAGUCGCUUGGGGAUUGUAGCUUUCUCAACACCUGCUUCCACAUGGCCACCUGCAAGUACGUUCACUACGAGGUGGACACCCUGCCGCAUAUCAACACCAACAAGCCGACGGAUGUUAAGACGAAGCUAAGCCUCAAGCGCAGCAUCGACUCCAGCUGCACGCUGUAUCCGCCGCAAUGGAUUCAAUGCGAUCUGCGCUUCCUGGACAUGACAGUUCUGGGCAAGUUUGCGGUGGUCAUGGCUGAUCCGCCCUGGGAUAUCCACAUGGAGCUACCCUACGGCACAAUGUCGGAUGAUGAAAUGCGAGCCUUGGGUGUGCCCGCUCUUCAGGACGACGGACUAAUCUUCCUUUGGGUCACAGGCAGAGCCAUGGAGCUAGGCCGCGACUGCCUCAAGCUGUGGGGCUACGAACGUGUGGACGAGCUCAUUUGGGUGAAGACCAACCAGCUGCAACGGAUUAUACGCACGGGACGCACUGGUCAUUGGCUUAACCACGGCAAGGAGCACUGCCUAGUGGGCAUGAAGGGGAAUCCCACUAAUCUGAACCGGGGCCUCGACUGUGACGUGAUCGUGGCCGAGGUGCGGGCCACCUCGCACAAGCCGGACGAGAUCUAUGGCAUCAUCGAGCGCCUCAGUCCUGGCACCCGAAAAAUCGAGCUGUUCGGCCGUCCCCACAAUAUCCAACCAAACUGGAUAACGCUGGGCAAUCAGCUGGACGGCAUUCGGCUGGUGGAUCCCGAGCUGAUCACACAGUUCCAAAAGCGAUAUCCCGAUGGCAAUUGCAUGUCCCCAGCAACGGCAAGUGCAGCGGCCAUUAACGGAAUUCAGAAGUAAGAUUUAAGGCAAUAUUAUUUGUACUGUAUUUGAAGAACUCCGGACAAGAGAGUCACUUCUACAGACUCCGAUUAAAUAAGGUAAAUUAUAAUAAUUAAAGCUUUUUUACGAA